CUGACUUCAUUUUUUUUUUUCUCAGGGGUGGUGGCCGCUGUUUUGCUCCAUAGCUCCCAUAGUGAACCCACGAAAGCAUGGGAAUGUUGCGAGGAGAUUUCUGAGGAAACUUGAGAUAAAGUGUGUAAUAAGUUAGCGUAAGUUGCUCAGACGCUGUUUUAACAUCAGAGGAGCUCAGCGGUAAACACCGGAGGCCGUCAGCGGGAGCCUGUUGGGACGUUUCUCCAGCGAGCAGUUCCGGACAAAGGAAAAGAAACCUGAGCUAAAGCUAGCUGGCUCUCUUAAGCAAUGCAGGCCAUUAAGUGUGUCGUUGUAGGGGACGGUGCUGUGGGUAAGACAUGUCUGCUCAUCAGCUACACCACCAAUGCCUUUCCUGGAGAAUACAUCCCCACAGUGUUUGACAACUACUCCGCCAAUGUUAUGGUGGAUGGGAAACCAGUCAACCUGGGCCUUUGGGAUACAGCUGGACAAGAAGACUACGACAGACUCCGCCCACUCUCCUACCCCCAGACGGAUGUGUUCCUUAUCUGCUUUUCACUCGUGAGUCCUGCCUCGUUUGAAAACGUCCGUGCCAAGUGGUACCCUGAGGUCAGACACCACUGUCCCAACACUCCCAUCAUCCUGGUGGGCACCAAGCUGGAUCUGAGGGACGACAAGGACACCAUGGAGAAGCUGAAGGAGAAGAAACUCUCCCCCAUCACUUAUCCUCAAGGGUUGGCCAUGGCCAAAGAGAUUGGCUCCGUCAAGUACCUGGAGUGCUCAGCCCUGACUCAGCGUGGCCUUAAAACUGUGUUCGACGAGGCCAUCCGGGCCGUUCUGUGCCCCCCACCCGUCAAGAAGAAGGGCAAGAAAUGCUCUCUCCUCUAAGGCCGCCUGCAGUUUGAACGGUUACAGGGGAACAUGAACGCUAGCAGUGAGAGGGUGGCUAAAGGCACAGGAGAAACACACCAGUAUACACUCACAAUCAAUGUACUUCAGAUUCUGUCCUUAAGUGUAGCUCAAGCAGUUUUCAUGGAAAUAAAUCAGAUCCAGGUUUAGGCGAAGGGUUUGGGCGAUUAACAGUCCUAAUAACUCUUUACUGUAUAGACAAGACUAUGAACUUUUUGAGGCCUUCUAAAAUCGAUUGGAUGUUUUUCUAAAAAUGGACUGCAGGUUGUCUUUAAUUUCCUCUUCCACUUGUUGUCCACGUUUUUUUGUUGUUGUUUACAGUCGGGUUGAUUGUUGUAAGUGGAAAUAAUAUUGCCAAAUACAUUCUGCACACAUGCUGGUUUUUAGCCGAAAAUGAGAGUCUAGAUCUGUCGAUUCAGAUCUGUAACGUUUGCUGUUCAUUCAGCUCCUCCAUCAAUGGCAUUUUUAACUCACAAGUUCACUUCGUCCUUGACAACAAGGAGUAUGAAGUAACCUGGAGGAUCUGUACAGUUUCAAAUGAGUCCUUGAGUAACAUAACCUACUUACUUACCAUCAGUCUGUCAACCCUAGAAUGAUUAAUGACGCCUAAAACAAAACGGGGAGAAGAUCAGAUACCAACAGUGCUGUAACUCCCCGAAAAAUGUAAUGAAUCCAGUAUUUUCUACAUUUCAUCUAAUUAAAUUUGUAAUUUUCUUUCUGCUUUCCCUAAAUGCGUCUCAACCGAGCGGCUGCCUGUGAGUGCAAAAGCUGAAAACAUGAUUACAUAUUGGAACAGAAAUGUUCAGAUGUCUUGGUGAUGGGGGGAACAAGAGCACAUCUUUUAAUGCUCUGUGGGCAUUUACCGAAUACCUUUUGUGCAACACUUUUGAUUUAUUUUCUUUACGCAUCACUACUGGCUAAGCAAUGUCACAAUGAAGAGCAUAUAUGCCUGCUAAUAACAGUAACACAAAGCUACUGUCGGUUAUGGUGUAGUAGACAGUGUAAUCAUCUUUUUGUUAUAAUCGUGAUUUGACUAUUUUGUAUCUUUCUUCAUACGUUACACACUCACUGUAUUGUUUAACUAACACUAUGGAUAUCUUUUUUUUUUAUUAUUACCUCUACGGUUAACGCUACCUUAAUCUCCCUUCAAGCCUAGCUUUUUGUAAUUAAUGCUGAUAGCAUGUCUGUGCAUCAUAUACUGAAAACUAAGAUUAGAAUUGCUACAGUUAUAUAUAUUUUUUGCCUAUUUACAAAAUGUAUUUGAACUACUAGAUCAGGGGUUAAGUACACGUUGCUCAUCGGUAUUCAGAAAUCAAGCUGUGCUUUUAUCCAAGCCAAUGUUGUGACUCUCUUAGUUUUGAGGAUUAAAAACUAUUGUCACUUUUUGAAAAAGCCAAUAAAUUCCUGUAAAAACACUU